UUCACACUUCCAGUAUCGCGCUUUGUCUCGUGCCUUGGCACUGGAAUUAACGAAAAUUCAAUUUUUCUGCCAACCAUCUGUUUUUAACUGUUUGGCCAGAGACCGUAAACUGUAAAGUGGAGAUCAAACGUGUUAUGAUUUAUCGGGAGUUUAGAGUUAGUUAAUUUUUAUUCCAUUUCUAAGGAACUGAAGAUUGUUCUUUUAUUGCUCUAAAGCAAGGCUGGGUUACUGUGUUGAGUGUGUUCUCAUUAUGUUCGACUUCUUGAUGAUUGAAAAGCCAUGCAGCAAUCUAUUGUUAUUGACGAUGAUGACGGCCAAGAACCCGAAACCAGCGCUUCUUCUCCGAGUUCUCCGACUGCCCCGGAAUCUCCCCAAGCGCCGAAUAAUUCCUCUGCUGCGAAGGUUUCCGCAAAAGAAUACUAUGAGACAUUCUUCGUUAACCCCGUAUGCAAGACUGAAUGUGCUAAAGGACAGGCGAGAAGCUGGAAAAAGUACUCCGCGACGUGUAAACUCUGUGCUGAAUCGGAUGCAAAGAGACUGGUGAAUGGAGGAGCGGAUAGCUUUGACGCGUUCAAAAAACAUGUUACGCGGCAUCAUUCGAAGACGAAGGACUAUACGGAGUUUAUUGCCAAAAAAGUCAAAGAUAACGAGAUCUCGCAAACUAAGCUGUCCAAGGAGCAGCCAACCUUGACCGAAUUCGUGAUACAAAAAGUUGAACCGUACGGCAAAAACCAUUGGAAGCAAGUUCGGCUAAAUGAUGCAGUCGGAAAUAUUAUGCUAAAAACCCUCGCACCGCCGUCCAUGCUUGGCGACCUAAGUUUCGAUGAAGCUAUCAAAAUUGGUGAUAGCAAACUCAAGUGGCCUCGACGACACCAGCUGACGCGCCACAUCCUGCCGAAAUUCGAAAAAGAAAUUCGUGGGAAAAUACAGAUCUUGUUGUCUACUGCCACAGCAGUAUCAUUAAAUGUGGAUUUAUGGACCAGCAAGAGGUGCCAUGGCUAUAUGGGUGUAACUGUUUCGUUUAUCGAUGAAAAAUUUUGCCUACGAAAUUUCGUGCUGGGAUGUCCGCGUUUUAAAGAGUCGCACACUGCAGAGAAUAUUUUUCAACUAGCUACCGUCUUGAUACUCGACUACAACUUGAAGGAUGUCCUGCAUUAUGUUGGGCUUGACAACGGCCGAAAUUUUGUAAAUGCUUUUGACGACUGGAUGCCAAGCCUUUUUCCCGCGGAGUUUUUGCGCAAACCGGAUGCGGAAGAUGAACACGUUGUCGAUGAGGACGGAUUGAAUGACUGCGUGGAAUCCGUAGAAAACGAUGAUGAAAGAGCGGAGGAAAGCGACCUUGAUUUUGAUUCCCAGCGCACAGAGCAAGCCUUUCAAAAAAUCCGUGACACAUACUGCCGGAUUCCCGAUAGAAACAUUGUGGUCCGGUGCGCGGCGCACACCUUAUCUUUGGCCAUUGGUAGCGCAAUGGCAGAUGCGCAGGUUAUCAACCAAGUUAUAGAUGGUCUUGCUGGGAUCGUUAACCGUGUUAAGCAUUCGCAUUCGGAGACAACCAUUCUGGAGGAAGCGUUCAAGAAAACCUUUGUCAGCCGCAAUCAGACCAGAUGGAACUCGAACUUUUUAAUGGCCAAGCGGGCAGCGGAAUUUGAUUGGGAAAGAUGUGGACUCUCUCAGAAAAAUAUUUUGAAACCUGCGCACCGCCUUGUAUUGCAAGCGUUUGUAAAUCUUAUGGAAGUUUUCAAUGCAUCGUUUAAGAUUCUGCAGACGGCUGACUAUCCUGUAAUUGGAGACGUUAUUCCUAUUUUAUGUGGACUUCGCAGGCAUAUCAAAACAUGCCAAAGAAUAUAG